CCUCCGUCAACCGCGCCAUUCUGCUGGGCCUGCAUGACGAUGGCCGACAUCGAAAAGUGUCUCACGAAAGAAUCCUCAACGCUCCCGCUCCACGACGACUCCUCGGUGACGCUGUCGGUGACCGCAGUCGACGAACCACGGUCACACCCGCCCUCCGUCGCCGACUCCAGCGCGUCCUGCCCGGACGGCGGCGCGCGAGCAUGGCUCACCGUCCUCGGCGCAUUUCUCGCGCUCUUCUGCACGUUCGGGCAGCUGAACUCCUUUGGCUCCUUUCAAACGUGGUACAGCGAGCACCAGCUAAACGGCUUGCCCGCGUCGACAAUCUCCUGGAUAGGCUCGCUGCAACUAUGGGUGUUCUUCUUCUGCGGGGGCUUCGUCGGCCGAUUAUUUGAUGCGUACGGACCGCGACCAAUAAUGAUCGUUGGCACGCUCAUACUCGUGUUCGGCACGAUGAUGACGAGCAUCUCGUCACAAUACUAUGAGUACAUCCUCGCGCAAGGCAUCGUGGUAGGCUUGGGAAUCGGAACUGUAUUCUACCCGAGUCUUUCCGCAAUCUCCACGCACUUCCACAAUUACCGGAGCACAGCGCUUGGCAUUGCCAUGGCAGGGUCAGGAGUUGGCGGCGUAACAUGGCCCAUCAUGUACCAGGUUCUCUUCAGCCGGUUAGGCUUCGCGUGGACCGUGCGCAUUACUGGAUUCAUCACGCUCGCCCUAUGCGGUGUCGCAAUAGCUACGGUGACGAGCAACAUCUCGACGCCGACUCAGAGCCAACCGUGGCUGAAUACGCGAAUGUUCCGCGACCUUCCUUAUAUCCUGGUCAUUAUCGGAAGCAUUCUCAUAUGCCUAGGUCUCUUCAUCCCCUUCUUCUACAUCGUCGACUACUCCACCGCGCACGGCAUACCUCCCCAAACCGCCUUCUAUGUCCUCUCCGUUAUGAACGCAGGCGGGAUCCUCGGCCGGCUCGCGCCCCCCGUGCUGUCCGACUCGCUCGGCCGGUAUAACAUUAUCGUACCUUGCGCGUUCCUCACGGGCCUAUCCAUGCUCGUCUUCUGGCCGUUCGCGACAAGCCUCACGGCAAUCAUGCUCUUCGCCGCCGUUUACGGCUUCUUCUCGGGCGCGUUCAAUGCGCUCAUCAUUCCCUGCGUCGCGCAGAUAUCAGAGCUCAGGGAGAUCGGGACGCGCGUCGGCGUGUUGUACAGUAUCAUUUCAUUCCCGGCGUUGUGUGGCGGGCCAGCAGCAGGCGCGAUCCUCAAGUCCGAGGGCGGGUCGUACCUUGGCAUGAUUCUCCUGGGAGGAACGUCAGUCGUCGCGGGCUCAUUGUUCUUGCUCUGGGCGCGGUGCAUGCUCAGCCGACGGACAACGGAGCCCAAGGAGCUGUCGCGACUGCUCCACGUCGUAUGAUCUCCUCGCUGUCUCCGUCGUUCUGCUGCAAGCCCGAGCUCGGAGCCCGAACGAUCGUUUUCUGAUUGCACCAUGUGGUUCCCGCCCUGGCCCGGGGCGUUGGGCGUGUUGUAGUUUGUUCGCAUCCGAUUCUGGCAUUGUGCUCUUCUCUUCUGCUUCUGCACGUGUACGGCGUCAUACAUACCCCUCUCAUCCGCUCUCAUCUCGUCUCCCAUCGCACUGUAUCAUUAUUCUGUAACAUACCCCCUGCAUUCUGCGUCCCACAUCCCUGCACGUUACCCAGUGUGCGUCUCAUGACCCCGGCACGACUACUACUUACACGUAUUUCGCUAACCAGUAUGUACGCGCUCUAAAGCUCAUCAUCAUCACGAAGCUGUUAAUCAUGACAAAGUUCGAAC